AGUGCUAGUUUACUGAGGUUUGAAUGCUGGUAGGUGAAUGUUCGUGGCUUGAACUUUAUUAACUUUUCCUGUUUAUUAUCGAGCACAGUGAGAUGGACAGCAUUGUUCAGAAAAUCAUGUUCGCGUUCCGUUUAGACCUCAGACCUGUGAAAGAGCCGCUGGGUUUUACACGGCUGAUAGAAUGGGUGUUUGCCAUAUUUGCAUUUGCGUCUGCUGUUGGGUACUCUGGCACCACAAGCUUUACCAUCGUGUGCCAAAGGACUGGCUCUAACCAUGAGAUUAAUGUCUCCUUUGCCUACCCCUUUAGACUCAAUCAACAGACAUAUAAUGUACCAGACUGCAAAGUCAACAGCUCAUCAGAGACGACGCACCACCUGACCGGAGACUAUUCAUCCUCAGUUGAGUUUUUUGUCGCGGUGGCAGUCCUGGCCUUUCUCUACUGUACUGCCAUGCUUGUGGUCUAUCUUGGAUACCAGCACGUGUAUCGUGAAUCAAACCGCGGGCCUCUUGUUGAUCUUAUAGUAACAGGAAUUUUCACAUUCCUGUGGCUGGUGGCAUCCUCUGCUUGGGGAAAAGGUUUGACCGAUGUGAAAUUGGUUACGAGUCCAACUGCACUUAUUUCAGUGAUCCAGAUUUGCAAGGACAACAAUUGUUCAGCUGGUGGCCUUCCUGCCAUGGGCCCACUCAAUUCUUCAGUGAUUUCUGGCUUUCUUAAUCUAAUUUUAUGGGGAGGAAACUGCUGGUUCAUCUUUAAAGAAACGCAGUUUCAUAAAUCAUCAAUUCCUUCAGCCGCUCAGCAGGGAGGAGCAGGGCUGCCCUGAACGCUCAGGUCAUGGACGGAACAGCCACGCCUACAGAAAUGCUUAAAUAAAUAAAUUCCAUUUUUGGUAAAGUAAAAGUAGUGGAAUUCUUUUGAGCUGGUGGGAAAAUGUUACAUUUAAAGGUCUGUGAGAAAUUAUGCGUACAACAUAAACCUACUUUUGACAGCUAUUGUUUUUUUUGUUUUAUUAUUGCUUUUCUUUGUUGUGUUGAAGUUUUUUUUUUAAAUAGGUCCCUGUCCCUUAUUUAAUGUUUGUUAUGAGUGCUCUGCAGUAUUAUAACAUUGCUGCAUUUAUCACCUCAAGCAACAUUACCACUAUUUUAAUGAUACAAUUAUUUUUGCAGCUUGUGAAUUUGUUGUGACAUUGUUAAAUGCAGUACUUGCUUGUUCACCUGUUCUUUGCCUUAUUAAAUAAAAUUGUUUUUAAACAUUAUUUCAUAGUAAAUGCUUGCAUGAAUCAACUUGAAAAUGGCCCACAAACAGUUCAUGCAUUACAUCCAGAUUUUUGUAACCCCACUGUUGUCAUAAAUUAAAGAUU